CGGUGGUCUUAGCGUUUCGGAACAGCGAAACGUCCACGUCUACCGCCGUGGGGCUGUCCUGUAUGAGAUCAUCUCACCGUCUCGCUCAGAUCUUCGUUGUCUGACUUCGCUUCGUCUUGCUGUCGACACCAACAGCGCAUUCCUACCCUCAUCCUCUUGGCUGUCGCGCAGGCUUCGUCAGCACCAAGGCUUCCCCUCACCGAAGCAGGGAGUGUCGCGCGUGAGGCCUCACCUCAGAUCUGGUCUGGCAAUGAGGCAGCUCACCAAGGAGGAGGCGUGGACGGCCGUUGGCGACGCUGUGAGGUAUCUGAAGGAGCAUGAGAGCCCCAAGCCAUUCAUCUCGGGCACCCUGGACCUGCUGCCGUCCAUCCACGGGCCCUCAUGGACGCUCGAACCCGACUGCGUCACGAUCACAGACGCCCCCUUCUCGGUAAGCAUGAUAGGUAGAAAACACAGCGUCUCGUGCCACGUGCUGAUGACUCCGUCUGUGUGUUUCCUUGCACGCAGACGUGUGCACUGAAGGCGCUGUACGAAGGCCAUUUAUCUCAGUCUCCCGUCGGCAAGGGCAUGACACGGUCAUGGACCUCGAGGCACGCAAGUCACGAGAGGUGGCGGGAGGACUCGUCGCGCUGAAGAGCCAAGCUGGCAACUGGACCAGGGUGAUCGAGGGCAUCUGCCGACAAGUGGAGGAAGAGAUGUCGGGGCCCACCAGCCGUGUGCAGGCCGAUUGGUACAAGAUGCUGCUCUACAGCGAAGGCGACUUCUUUGAGGUGCACAAGGACACGCAGCGCUCGAACGACCACUUUGCCUCUCUGCUGGUCUUCCUGCCCACCGAGUAUACUGGAGGCGACUUCUUGCUGCACGAUGAUGGAGAGUUCGAUGGCGAGAGAUUUAACAGGGAGACGCAAGACGCCCUCGGGCACCAGCAAGCUCGAUGGAUCGCUUUCUACUCAGACAUUGUCCACAGCGUCAAGCCUGUUCUGUCGGGAUAUCGCCUCGCGCUCGCCUACAACUUGCGCCGUCACGAGACCGGGGAGAGGUUCAAGAAGGACGGCCCGUUGGCGCCCCCAUUGCAGCGGCUGGUGGAUGGCAUGAAGGAGCACUUCAACUCUCCCCAGGUAUGUCGACUGACCACCGAUCGUCCGUCCAUUGCUCGUUGCUCAUUGCUCGUUGCUCAUUGCUGUUUGUGCAUGUGUCUCUCUUCUGUUCAGGCCAACGAGUCGUAG